ACACAGGCAAGGGGCCCUUACCCUCCCACCUGCCAGUCAGGCGGCCAGGCAGGGGCCGGGGGGAGAGAAUGUGAAAGCCAAAGACUGUGGUGACUCAAGGGGCUGAGGAGUUUCGGGAGAAGAGGGCAGCCGUCCCAGCACUGACUCUGGAGCAGCCCUUAACCCUCCCAGUACUUCGAAUCCACACAGCCCCAGACUCCUGGAUUCACCUGUCCCCAAAAAACAGUCCGCAGGUCCAUGGCUGGCAGGCCUGUGCCCGCCGGCCGUCAGGAGGAGGAGCUUGCCAAAGACCCUGGGCAGAAACUGUCCCUGGCGCGGCCUCCGGGCCGCCUGCCCAGCAUUGAUGAGACCCGACCAGCUGGCCCAGGCCCGGCCUCCCGCCGCGGCUCCGUGCUAGGUCCAGCCUCGUCCUUUUCACGCCGCAACUCGCUGGCCGGAGCAGGUGCAGGGCCCGGGGGUCGGCGCCCGUCCCUGGGCCCCGUGCCGCCGCUGGGCUGGCGGGUCAGCUUCUCGGGCCUGCCCCUGGGGCCCGCCCGCCGGCCGGCGCCCUCGUACCGCACGGAGCCCGCCCCCGGGGAGCGCUGGGAGGCCGCGCGCGCCCAGAGGGCCCUGGCAGCGCUGGCAGCGGGCCUGCGGGACGCACGCUACGUGGGCGCCGAGGCCGGGCGGCUGGCGCGGGAGCUGUGCGACCUGGCGCGCGUGCACCUGCGCGAGCUCAGCCCCCCGCGCUACAAGCUGGUGUGCAGCGUGGUGCUCGGGCCGCGCGCCGGCCAGGGCGUGCACGUGGCCAGCCGCGCGCUCUGGGACACCGCGUGCGACGGGCUGGCCUCGGCCACCGUCACCAACGCUUCGCUCUUUGCCGUGGCCACGGUCCACGGGCUCUACUGCGAGUGAGGAGGCCUCGAGGUCUGCAAAAAUGGUUUAUUAUCCUAGGAGGAGGCCCUCCCUGGGGCUCCCAGCCCAAUAAAUAAAUGUCUGUCAAUAAAUAAAAGUGGUCCAUAAA